UCGUACCGUCAAGUAUUUGGCCCUGAGGACGCAAUUGAACACAUCGAAUUCCAGCUUCCUGGUCAGAGCACUAAUCAGGCUAUCCAAUCCGGUGCUCUUGAUUAUGAUGAAAGCAGUGAGGAUGUGGAACAAGUAGGUUCAGUGAAUCCCAUGAGACCGGCGAUCAACAAGAAUUGUAGCGGUUGUGGAGCGCAGCUGCAUUGUAAGGAUGCCUCUUUACCAGGAUUUCUUCCUGAAGAGUUGUUAGACAAAGCCGCUCGCAAAAGAGCCGCUGCGGAAGCGAUACUAUGUCGGCGGUGUCAUCUUCUCAAACAUCAUAAUUUCUUGCUGAACGUAAACGUCUGCCCAGUGGAUUAUGAAUCAGUCAUGUCAUGCCUUCGAAUGAAUCCCGAAGCCUUGGUGCUCUUGGUUGUGGACCUGAAUGUGAACGUCUGCCCAGUGGAUUAUGAAUCAGUCAUGUCAUGCCUUCGAAUGAAUCCCGAAGCCUUGGUGCUCUUGGUUGUGGACGUCACCGAUAUCCCAGGAAGCAUCCAUCGUCAGCUUCCAAGAAUUAUUGGGCCACGGCGACCCAUGAUUGUCAUAGCGAAUAAAGUUGACCUUCUUCCACCCGAUGCUCAGUGUGGCUAUUUGAAAAGAUUCAAGAAUGUUGUUAAUGAAGCGAUAGAGCAGGCGGGUUUCCGCGAUCAGUUCUCGAUUCUUCACACUGCC